AUGAAGACUUCAUUAACACAACAAAUAAUCGUCAUUCUUCUCGUUGUAAGCAUUAUUACCAUUCAAAGUGCUCCAUGUCCCAAUAAUAUUAUCACACGAGCUCAAUAUGAUGCAGUUAAAAUAAAUAUGCCAAGAGCACAAGUAGAAACAACCAUUGGUAAUACAGGAAAUAUUCUCUCAGAAUCUGCAACAACUGUAUCAGUUUACUAUCAAGGUAGCUCUCUUGGCUCAACAGCUACUUUCAUUUAUAUAAAUGGAGUACUGUAUUCAAAGUCUCAAGUUUUACUAUGUUAA